UCACAGUUUGGUUCUAUAGAUUUUCUAAAAAAUUAUUACUUUGUAUUGGAAAGCUACUAAACUUAGUACACAUCAGUUUGUUUUAAUUUAGUUUUAAGUUAUUUAAGCUAUGUUUUCAAAAGCCAAACGUUUUGAACCAAUUGGUCAUAUCAUAAAUUAUAAUAAUUGGCUAAGUUCAAUUUCUCUAUCUCCUACCAAAAGUCAAGCCAAAGUAUUACCGAAACAAGAAAAUGAUAAAGCAUUGAAGAAGACCACAUGCCCUAAAAUAAAGGCACCUCUUUUAACACCUUCAAAACAAAAUGUAGAAACUCUAUCCCAAUGCAGCUCUGUCCGAAGUACUAAAUCCUUUGUUACCCCAAAACCAGUGAAACCUGCAAUAAAAACUUCAAGUUCCCUAAAAAGUACAGUCUUGCCUAAAUCAAAUACCAAAGCAGUAACCAAAGUCACAAGCAAUGUUAAAUUACAAGAGGAUCUUAUUAAGGCCCAUGAGGUUGAAAUAAGGAAUAAAGAUUACACAAUAAAUGAAUAUAACAAACAAAUUGAUGAUCUUAAAAAUGAAAUAGCAGGAUUGCAUAAACUUUUAAAAGAACUGACCAAAGGGGAUAUUAAUAUUGACACAUUAAAUAAAAAAUUCAAUGAACUUACAUUGCUCAAUGACACAAAAAGAGAAGAACAAACAACUUCUCAAGAUUUGAAGAUGGAAAUUAAUAACUUAGAUAAGCAAUGCCAAUAUUUAGAACAAGAGCUGAAUAGCAAACAAGUUGAAUUGACCUCUCUGGAAGAAGUAAUCACCAUUAGAGAUAGUCUAUGUUCAGAUUUACAAAAGAAAUUAACUGAUAUGGAAGCAACAUUAGAAGAGACCAAACAAAGAUUGGAAAUGGUAAAAGGACAUCAUGCCUUAGCUCUUGAAGCAAAUGAAAGCAUAAGAAGAGAAUACAAACUGGAAUUAGAAACACUCAGGUCGAAAAUGGAGGAAGAAAAACAGAACAUUAUAAGCAAAUGUAAAUCUGAACAAGAAAUGACUAAGAUGAAAUACAAUACAGCAAUAGAAACAAUAAAGAAUGAACUAUUAAAAGAAAAAGAUGACAAAAUUUAUGAAUUACAACAACAGAUUAAUGCCAAGGAUCAGGAAAUGAGGGCUAAAUUGGAGCAAAUAGAUGAAGCCACUCGGGAAAAAUUGAGAUUAUGCGAAAUUCAAUUUGAGGAGCGCAGUAGGAACAUUCAAGAGCAUUGGGAACAACAACAAAAAGAAAUACAAGAAUUACAUACUGAAGCAAAGGAACUUCAAUAUAAAUUAAGCAUCACAGAAGAUAGAUAUAAUACACUACUAAAGGAAGUGAACAAUUUGAAGGAUGAAAAUGAGACACUGAAGAAUGAGAAGUCCACAAUUGUUCGAGAAUUGGAGGAUUUAAAGGAAGAAAACAAGAAAAAACAUAUUGACUAUGAAAAUGAAAUUAAUAAGCUAACUGUGGAUGUAGACAGAGCUAUCAAAGAAAAGAAUAAAUUUGAAAUGUCAUUAUCAGUUACUCGGGACAUUGUACAAGUUUUAACAAUGCGUCUUAGAGAAUCUGAUAAUGAGCUGGAACAUCUAGAAAAUCAGAUACAAACACUAACUAAUUCAAAAGAAGUUCUUGAAGAAGAGCUCAGUACUUACAAGAACAGUUUGAACAAUACUUUACUGGAGUGCAAUGAGUAUAAGGAAGCUCUUGUGAACAUAUUAAAGUCGAAAGCAGCUCUGGCAAAAGAACACAACCGUAUCAUGGAACACAAUGUUUCUUUGAUAGAAAGUUUGCAGAAUGUUGAAAAAGAGGCCUACCGUGAACUUGGAACUAUCAAAAAUGAAUUGAUUGAAGAUGUUGAAUUAUUGAAGAAAGAAUCCAAUUCUCAAAUUAAAAUUCUGCGAGAUGAGGUCGAAAAGAAGCGUAUGCUAUGCGAGCUAGCGACUGAGCACGCGGGUCAUGCGACGGCGGCGGCGGAGCAGUCGCGAGUGUUACUUGCGCAAGCUGCGGCUGAGAUCGCGCGCCUCGAGAAGGAUAACCAUUGUCUGCAGCAGCAGAUUCAAGAUCAGCAAUCUUUGGUUGUUGAAUUAUCCCUAUUGCGUCAAGAAAAUGAAGAGCUAACCAUGAAUGUGGCUAAGCAGUCGUCUCUUCUUGACAAGAUGAAGAAAGAAGCAGAACAAAUUCAAAUGAAACCCAAGUCCCCAGCAGUCAUGCGUAAAGCUCAUAAAAUGGGAAAAGAAAAUGUUCAGACUAUAAUUUCUCCGUUACGGGAAAGAAAUCAUUAAGUUGACAGUUGAUUUUAUGCAACUUUAGUCCAUGUAUAACUUAUAAUUCUGUUUGAAAUUGUAAAAUUUGUUAAAGGAAAAAUCAUGUUACUAUUUCUAUCGUUUUACUGUUUCUAUUUAUUACCUAUUUAUUUGCAUUGAGCAUGUGU